UCCAUCUCAAAACUUUUCCUCGUGCUUCCUUCUCUUCCUUCUUCUUCCCGGACGCUUCCUUCUUCUCUCCCCAUUCCGUCAAUUAGUUGGUUGAUUUUGUUUGAAUCUCCUUCUGCUUCUUCAUUCUUGAUUUCUUUUUUCGGGUUUCUUUUUAAUUUCUGCGUCCCGUUUUCACAAUGUCUGGAAUCCAGCCUGUCGCAGUCUACACUCUGCGGGUUCCCCCCGGAGGAACUCUGCUUCCCGCUGUCCCCGAUGCUGCCGCUAUGUUGCGCGUGAGCAUGGCUGCCGUCGACCCCGACGAGGAACCCGACUUCGAUGAUGGUUCCAACAAGCGCCCUAGGGCCACGCUGAAGAUCAUUCGCGCUCCUCCCGGAAUGAACCUCGGCGACUCGGAUGACGAGUGGGAGGAUGAGGACUCCGAGGAGGACUCCGACGAUGAGGAGGUCAAUGGCGGCCCCAGCGACAAGGAGAAGGCCCGCAAGCUUAAGGAGCUCGCUGCCCUUAAGGAGGCCAUGGAGGACGAUGAGGAGGAGAAUGACGACGAGGAUGACGAGGACGAAGAGUUUGACCUGAAGGCGGCUAUCUCGAAACUCGUCAAGGGCAAGGCCCCCGCUACCGAUGACGACGAGGACGACGAGUCUGAAGAGGGCUUGGACCUUGAGGAAACCGUUGUCUGCACUCUGGACCCUGCACAGACCUACCAGCAGCCUUUGGACCUUACCAUCUCCGAGGAUGAGCGUGUUUUCUUCAAGGUGACUGGUACCCACACUAUCUACUUGACCGGAAACUAUGUGAUGCCCCUCGACGAGGGCCGUGCUCCUUAUGACUCGGAUGACGAAGAGGAUGAGGACUACGAUCUGUCUCCCGAUGAGGCUGAGCUCGACAUGGGCGACCUCAUGGACGAGGACGACGAGGAUGACGAGCUCGACGCUCUGGAGAACCCCCGUAUCACCGAGGUGGAGAGCGAGGAGGAGGCUCCUAAGCUCGUUGCUGCCAAGGCUAAGGGCAAAAACAAGCGUGCCGCCGAGUCUGACGAAGAUGCUGCUGGCCUUGACGACCUCAUGGCCAAAUCCGCCAAGAAGCCCAACGGCGAGGAGGCCCUGAGCAAGAAGCAGCAGAAGAAGCAGAAGAAGAACAACGGUGACGCCGCCCCGGUCGAGGAUAAGAAGGAGAAGAAGGAUGGUAAGGAGGGCAAGGAGGCCAAGAAGGUCCAGUUCGCCAAGAACCUGGAGCAGGGUCCCACGCCUUCGGCUCAGGACAAGAAGCCCGCCGAGACCACCGGCACUCUCGGUGUCAAGGAGAUCAAGGGCGUGAAGAUGGACGACAAGAAGCUUGGAAAGGGCGCCGCUGCCAAGAGCGGCAACACCGUUGCCAUGCGCUACAUUGGAAAGCUUGAGGACGGCAAGGUCUUUGACGCCAACAAGAAGGGCAAGCCUUUCAGCUUCAAGCUCGGUAAGGGCGAGGUGAUCAAGGGCUGGGACAUCGGUGUGGCCGGCAUGGCUGUGGGUGGCGAGCGUCGCAUCUCGAUUCCUCCCCAGAUGGCCUACGGCAAGCGCGCUCUCCCCGGUAUUCCUGCCAACUCGAAGCUGAUCUUCGACCUGCCCCGGGCCACUUUGAUCAUGUCGGACGUCUCUAGCUCUGAUGCUCAGAAUGCCGGAAAGGACAGGAUUCGAGCUCGUUUGAGAGAAAGAAGCUCAAGAUUGCUAUCAUUACUGGGCCUGAAGAAUCCCGCUUACGUUGCGAAAUUAACAAACCCUGACUCUGCGUUGACUUCAAAACCUGAGGGUCAUACUGACACUCUGCGAUCCGGCCUCUCCUUACCAGCAGAAACCAACUCUGCAACUCAUAUUUCUAGCAUGGAAUACCAUAGUAACCAUGCCCAUCCGACGGCUCUCAACAGCGAACCCCCCAGCCCUGAUUCAUCUUCUAAAUACCAAGAAGCCGCACAGGUACUAAGGGCCAAAGAUAAACAGCUGACAGAAAUCCAAUAUUCGUCUUAUCAAACGGAUGGCCCAGGGGGGGUGAGACGCAGUCAAUCAACCCCAGAAGCAUUCACCAACAUCCUGUCACGGAAACUAUCAAGUACUUUUGGAAACCCGACCGUCAUUCGUCGUACCCAUCUGCGAUCAAGGCCGAAUAUUCGUGCAGUGCAGUUCGCCAUACCCCCAAGCACACCCCCAGAGAAGAAUUCGGAGAGUGAUCAGAAUAGCUCCAACCCUUCAACGCCUCCCAGUAGCAGCGCCUCUCCACCUGGCACUCAAUCAACGCCUCCAACAUCUGAAGAGCCAACAUCCUCACCAGAUGAAUCGAAACAAGCCUCGGCUUGUGCGGUCAAUAGUAGACAGAGUUUAGAAUCCUCGAACCACGAGCCAAUUACUCAAUUAGCUCCCAUACAAUCGAUGCACGGCGCAUCACCGUCCAUCAUUACUGUUGAAGCGACCGCAAAUGCUAAAAUCUUCUUCGAAACGUUUUUCAGUACGGUCUAUUCAGGUAUUGACCCUCGCUUACAGCGUCAACGAGAGCUUGAAGAAUACAUCUGCUCCUCCUCGAUUACAACCGAAGAGAAAAUUAGAAUACGGAAGAAAUGGAUCCUUCAGGAACGAGAAUACCUCCGCCAAUGUCGAGUGCUAAAGACCCGUUCUCACAGUGUUAGGAAUGAAAAAAGUGUUUCCAUUGCUGGAUUCGAAGUCAUCAAGGUCCUGGGGAAAGGAAGCUUUGGCGUCGUGCGUCUUGUGAAAGAAAAGGCGAUAGAAGGAAACAGCAGUGGUACUGCCGACGACGAAGCUGAGCCAAACACUCCGGGGGAAUCAAACCGCCGAAGAAUCAUGACCGGAGUAAAGAAAGAUGUCUUUGCCAUGAAAGUCAUACGAAAAUCGGCCAUGAUCCGCAAUUGCCAGGAGGGUCAUCUGCGAGCAGAAAGAGACUUCCUUGUUGCGUCUGCGAAGUCUCGAUGGAUCGUGCCCUUGAUUGCAAGUUUUCAGGACAACAGCUAUCUUUACCUUAUCAUGGACUACAUGGUGGGCGGAGAUUUUCUCAGCCUACUUCUGCGACAAUGCAUUCUGCGGGAGGACGUUGCAAAAUGGUAUGUCGCAGAAAUGAUUCUCUGUGUCGAGGAGGCCCAUCGACUUCAAUGGAUCCAUCGUGAUAUUAAGCCGGACAAUUUCUUGAUCUCCGCAUCUGGGCAUCUAAAGAUAUCUGAUUUUGGUUUGGCGUUUGAUGGACACUGGGCCCAUGACCAGUUAUACUACAACGAUCACCGAUACUCCCUGGUCCAAAAGCUAGGGAUUCAAGUCUGUGGGGAUGCUCAGGACCAGAAAGAAGCACAGAAAACAGCGGGAUCUUCUCUGAAUCCGCAAGAAGAUCGCCGUGGAGAUAGCCUUGGAUGCACCACGCCAUCAUCUGGUCUUCUAAGGUGGCGAGACCGAAACCAAACACGUCGGCUGGCGAGGAGCAUCGUGGGGACGAGCCAGUACAUGGCCCCGGAGAUUAUUCGGGGGCAAGCUUAUGAUGGCCGUUGCGAUUGGUGGAGCAUAGGAAUUAUCUUGUACGAGUGCUUGUAUGGGUUUACACCUUUUGCUUCCAAUGAUCGCCAGAAGACCAAAGUCAAGAUUCAUCACCACCUCCAGACCUUACGCUUUCCAAUGCACCGCCCUUCUGACAAACUCAUCUCCGGGGAGGCAGUCGAUCUUAUCAAUUCGUUACUUCAGGAGAAAGAGCUUCGACUAUCCUGCAACGAAUAUCGGCAGAAUGACCCCCCUCCUGCACGAUCGCCGCCGAGGUAUCUCUUUUACAACAUCGAUGCUUUUAGCCAAGACAACCGAGGCUUCUAUGUGUACACCAACGACGCCACCGAUAUCAAAGCCCACGCGUUCUUUCGCAACAUCAAUUGGGACAUACUUCACCGAACUAUUCCUCCUUUCAUCCCCAAAGUGAAAGGCUGGGAGGACACCAGGUAUUUCGAUGACUGGGGGAACGCGCAGGACAGUGACAACAUGUCCAGUUCAUCCAAUGUGGAGAACGAAAUGGAGGGUCACCCAAGUCCCAGUCAGUUUGACGGACAACUGUCGCUGGAUCAGGAUGAAAAUCCAGUGCCGGAUCAGAAAGACAACCCAAAAGCAGACGCACAGUCGCCUGCACGGGACCGCAAGAAGGGAAAGGAGAAGAACCGGCCGCGGGAUAAGCUCCUGCGCGAUAAAAGAACCGGAAAGACUGCGCUUGAGAUGCGCAAGAAGAGUGCAUUUUUGGGCUAUACCUACCGUCGACCCAAGGCUGUAGCCAUGGCGUUCGCUGUUGACCGAGGCCGACCCUAUCUGCCACGGGGGGUCUUGUCCGAACUAUACGGGUGUUAGGAGGAUAAUAUCAACGGAAGCCUGCAAUAUGCGGUGCCUAUCAUGGGCAAGCUCAUGUUAUUUAUCCUUAAAUAUCAUCGUUAUUUG